GAGGGCUGGGAAUGAUCAAAUACCACAACGUUGUGAAUCAUGUCUCCUACUGAUAGAUGUUAGUUGCAGAAUAGACAUUUUGUAUUUGUUUCAUAAAAUGAGAGCUAAUUCUGGCAACAAUAAUCUGAUGUAUUAGUCUUUUUUUCAGAGUGGUUUGAAAAAGAAAAAAAAAACCCAUGGAAGUGGCCAGAAAAAGUCUCUACGGGUGGAAGCGCUCCUGUCAGUAGCCUCGUUUGCCAUCUGACGGUGACGCUGGAGGGAGCCUGUAUUUUUAGUUUCAGGCACAGUUGCCGCUUUUGCCUCUCUUGCUCCUUAAAAAGAUUGAAGUUGCUUCUUGUGUCUUACAGACAGAAACAGUCUCCGCCAGUCAAGAAACCCUCAAAAGUAUUUUGCCAUGGAUGUAGAAGAUGAAGAAAACAUGAGUUCGAGCAGCACAGAUGUUAAGGAAAACUGCGGUAUGGACGGCGCGCCCCCCAAGGACGGCAGCGCCCCGGGGCCUGGCGAGGGCGCCCCGCUCUCCAACGGGGGCGGCGGGGGCGCCGGCAGGAAGCGGGCCCUGGACGAGAGCAGCAAUGGCCACUCCAAGUUCCGCCUGAAGAAGCGGAGGAGGGCGCCGGGGCCCGCGCUGCCCAAAAACGCGCUGAUGCAGCUCAACGAGAUCAAGCCCGGCCUGCAGUACACGCUGCUGUCGCAGACGGGACCCGUGCAUGCGCCCCUCUUCGUCAUGUCCGUCGAGGUCAACGGGCAGGUCUUCGAGGGCUCCGGCCCCACGAAGAAGAAGGCCAAGCUGCACGCGGCCGAGAAGGCCUUGCGCUCCUUCGUCCAGUUUCCCAACGCCUCCGAGGCCCACCUGGCCAUGGGCCGGAGCCUGUCCGCCAACGCAGACUUCACGUCCGACCAGGCUGACUUCCCCGACGCGCUCUUCAAUGGCUUCGAGACCCCGGACAGGCCGGACAUGCCCUUCUACCUGGGCGCCAAUGGCGACGACUCCUUCAGCUCGAGUGGGGACCUCAGCCUGGCCGCGUCUCCCAUGCCCGCCAGCCUGGCCCAGCUGCCCCUCCCCGUGCCCCCGCCGUUCCCACCCCCGAGCGGGAAGAACCCCGUGAUGAUCCUGAACGAGCUGCGCCCGGGACUGAAGUACGACUUCCUCUCGGAGAGCGGGGAGAGCCACGCCAAAAACUUCGUCCUGUCCGUGGUCGUGGACGGGCAGUUCUUUGAGGGCUCGGGGAGGAGCAAAAAGCUCGCCAAGGCCCGGGCCGCGCAGUCUGCCCUGGCCACUGUCUUUAACUUGCGCCUGGACCAGACCCCGUCUCGCCAGCCCGUCCCCAGCGAGGGCCUCCAGCUGCACUCGCCACAGGUCUUAGCCGAUGCCGUGGCUCGCCUGGUUCUGGAGAAGUUUGGGGACCUGACGGACAACUUCGCCGCCCCCCACGCGCGCAGGAAAGUUCUUGCUGGAAUUGUCAUGACAACAGGCACAGAUGUGAAGGAUGCCAAGGUGAUCAGCGUUUCCACAGGAACAAAGUGUAUUAACGGCGAGUACAUGAGUGAUCGCGGCCUUGCGCUGAACGACUGCCACGCAGAAAUCAUAUCUCGAAGAUCCUUGCUUAGAUUUCUUUACACACAACUUGAGCUUUACUUAAAUAGCAAAGAUGAUCAAAAAAGGUCCAUCUUUGAGAAAUCCGAGCGGGGAGGAUUUAAGCUGAAGGAGAACGUCCGGUUCCAUCUGUACAUCAGCACCUCCCCCUGUGGAGAUGCCAGGAUCUUCUCACCACACGAGCCCGUCCUGGAAGAACCAGCAGACAGGCAUCCGAAUCGUAAAGCCCGAGGACAGCUGCGGACGAAAAUAGAGUCUGGUGAGGGGACGAUCCCAGUCCGCUCGAAUGCCAGCAUCCAGACGUGGGAUGGGGUGCUGCAAGGGGAGCGGCUGCUCACCAUGUCCUGCAGUGACAAGAUGGCGCGGCAUCAGCAACGCGGAGGCGCGGCAGCCGGGGAAGGCCCCCAACUUCAGUGUCAACUGGACGGUGGGCGACUCGGCCAUCGAGGUCAUCAACGCCACCACAGGGAAGGACGAGCUGGGCCGCGCCUCUCGCCUGUGUUCCCUCCAACUUACUGCGCUCCAAGAUCACUAAACCCAACGUGUACCACGAGUCCAAGCUGGUGGCCAAGGAGUACCAGGCCGCCAAGGCCUGUCUGUUCAGAGCCUUCAUCAAGGCCGGGCUGGGCGCCUGGGUGGAGAAGCCCACGGAACAGGACCAGUUCUCACUCACACCCUGACGGGCGUGCAGCGCGGCCCCAAACCUCGCAGCUGAAGCGGGGCAGGUGUGGGAUGUGUGGGAGCUGGGCGCGCGGCACCGUCCCCAGGGGCAGGCGCACGGGGCGCGGGGCGCGGGGUCUGGCGUCAGGGUCCCGUGUCACCACCUGGCAUCUCUCUACAGCAGCGUUCCCCUUUUUGAGUCACCCAGUGACUGCUUUCAACCUCAGUUUACAUUUAGAAGUUGAGUUCUACUGAGUAGGGCUUCCUGAAGUUUAGGAAAAAUAGAAAUUACUUUUUGUGAAAUUCUUGAAUAAUUAAUUUAUUCAGAACUAGGAAUAUGGUUUAUAAAAUAAGAAAUAACUAUGUCAGGUCACUCUUAUGCCACAUUCUUUUAAUUGCAAAGAAGCAUUUAUAUACGGAGGGAGUGAGGAAAUAGAUAGGAAGCAGCAACCUAAAGAGACUGUACCGCUGUCCACACGUAGGUCCCUGUUCCCCGUAGGCCCCUCCCUGGGAGAGGACUCUCCGCACGGAGCCCAAGUCCACGGCGCAGCGACCCGUGGUGUGGCGCAUGGGGUCGCGGCCGGGUCCCUGCAGCCUCCAGUGUCCUCUAGAAGUUUCUGUGCUCCUCGUAGGACCAUAUCAUGGAAAAUCGUCUCUCGGUUGACUUCUAAAUAAUCAGAGGUCAAACAUGGUCAGUAAGCCUGGCCAUUCAUUUGGGUUUUUUAAGCAGUAUUUAGUUUUUAGGGACUAGAAGGGGUCCACGGGGGCUACUGCACAAUAGAUAACCUCGAAUUCCCUCUGGGCCUUCCUCUGAACUUCCUGGAUGUGAAUGACUGUCCCAAGAUCUCCACAGGAUGGAAAUAGAGCUAAGUAAGUCGGUAUUCAUUCUUGGAAAAUGCCACUUAAGGCGUAUUUUCUAAUUAUUCUUUCCAGCUUUAUCAAGGACAUGUUUGAAGUGUAAGUGUUCAGGCUGAGAGCUGGCGAGACAGCGUGUUGCUGGUGGGGUCUCGACCAGGUUGGGAUGUUGAUGUCACGGCAGGGAAAGGGGUGGUCUGGAGUCGGGGGUGCCCGGGACCCUGCUCAGCACCCCACAGCACACAGGCCAGUCCCAGGCGGGCUGAGCGAGCCGGGGGUCAGGGCAGGCGGGCAGGUGGGGACCCUGGGAGGCCGCCCCACCCUGAUGCAAAGGUCCACACCACGCUCCUCCCGCUUCCAUUCAGGAUCGGAGAGGAGCUUCGUGCCCUUCGCUGAGUUAGCACCAGUUCCUGGUUCUGGGGGGUCUUGGGGGUGCUAUAGGCAGAGAGGGCCCUCCAGCCAAGUCCAGGCAUCAAGCUGUGUGCCUGGGUGUCCCGUGUCCUUUAUGGGCUCAGAAAACUCAGAGCAGGAGCAGGACGGCCACUGGCACUUUGGCCCAGACCCCGGGCGCUCAGAGUGGGAGACGUGGUCUCAGAAGGUCAUGUCUCCAGGUGUCUCCUCGCGUCUGCACGGAGACUUGAGGUGCUGCGCCCCGUGGGCGCGUGCAGGGCAGGGGGCAGGGGGCCACACUGCCGGGGCCUGGCCGGGUCAGAGGACGAGGGUUGCGCACACCACCAUCUCUGCAGGGCGUUUCCUUGUCCCGACCCCGUCGGCACAGGGCUCGGGCCCGCGUGGCCCGGCGGGGCCUGCUGUGGUUUUACCCGAGAAAGGAAAGGUGUCUAGUGCCGGCCCCCGGCCACAGCAGUCUCCUGCACACUCAGAAAAGACCUCUGUGAGUCCCUGCAUUUUUAUUCUUAUCUCUAUAAAUGGUAUUUUUUCUAAUGGGGAUUGGGAGAUGGACUUAGUUUUUAAAAAAUAUGUGGAUUUUGGUGACAAAGUCCAGAGGAAUGAUGCUGUACUGCACAUGCACACAAGCAAUCCAGGAUGCCCGGCCCCCCCUCUGUCAGCCGACUGUGGACCUGAGCACGAUCCCCCCGCCAUGCCCCCAGCCCAGGUAAACGAAUGCCUUCCCGUGUGGGUCCGUGCCGCGUGGCUGUGCCCUGCUGCCUUUCCCGGCUCACACGUGUGCGACCGUCCAGGACGGCCCUGACGCGGGGCUCCUGCCCCGAGAGCACCCGGACCUGAGGAGGAUUCUGGGGAGGAAGGCAGCCAAGGUUCGCGGGCGAGGGGGGCUUGGGGACCCCUGGGCGGCAGGACCAGGCGGGGCUGCGGGGAGUCGGGCUGGGGCAGGAGGCCUGCACAGCUCCUGCUCCCGGGACAGGGCAACUGGCACAUGCCUCUGUAAGCAGGAAAAAGGAGGAAACGCACACCCCGCAAAAGACAAAUCAGGGAGCACAGCCCGCCGUGCAUCACCACGUGGGCAUUUCCUUGGGGUGUCGUUUUUGCAUCCAGGGUCCUUAAUCUGGGUUUUAGAAACUUUGGAAAUCUGACACAACCAAGCCCUUGAUCUUUUGAGAAAAUUCUUAAACUUUGAGGACAUUGUGAACGGUGGGGUUUGGGAGGGUUUCUGUUCUGUCUCGUCGGCUGAGCCUGUAGUACGUAUUCCGCAGAGACACUGGCCCUGCUGCAGUGCCUGGGCCCGCUGGGCAGCUGUCCUGCUGGCAGGAAGGUCCGCCACAGAGAAGUCUCAUUUUGUGACCCGAGCCAGGGCUUGUGGAGAGGGUGGCCAAGGUGGGGGCCGUGAUCGCUGGUUCCCCAGCCCUCACCCCUGCUUGGGGUCGGGAGGCCUCACCUCCUCCCUGCAGUUUGACUCUUGAGUCUUAAUGGGGCUUUUCAUCAUCUUUUUCUAUUUGGAGCUUUUUAGUAUAAUCAAAAACAGUUAUUUUAUUUUAAAAUGUACAAGCCCACAUUUCACAAGGUAUUAACUUCUCUGGAAUUUAUUUUUGUUGAAUAAUUUUGUCGCUUUCCAGGCUAUAGAAUCCCUGCUUUCCUUGUAAUUUCACGUGGCCGAGCCUCCCAGUCUCCUGGGUUAGGCAGGUCCCAGAAUGGAAUGGGUGGGUGCUGGGAGGGGGGAGCACGCCCUGCCCCUUUUCUCCAGAAACAGACAAAAAAGACAGAUGGGUUUUUUCCAUUUCCAAAAUAUUUUACACCAAAAUGUAAGGUCUGCCCCAACCAGAAAUUUGAUCCAGCACGAGAAGUAAAAUCAGCUGGCAUUCCCAUCUCUAAAUUCUGUGAAAUUAGUGAAUCUCUCAAAAGGUUUUCUUUUUAUCAAAACUGUACGAAUGGAAAGAGCGGAGUGUUUGUGAUUGUGUGAGUCUGGCUUUGCGUGUCCUCGUCCCCGGCGUGUCCUGCGACCGUCUCUCCCUGGCCAGAGGCCGGCCCGGGGCACUGGGGUUCUGUGUCCACAUGGCUGGGAGGGAGCGGCUCUGACUUGAUCUGACUCUGAGCUCCUAUUUCUGGCAGCACGUCUGCGCGUCCUCUCGUUCAGGGUUUGGGGGUACACGCCCCCAGCCCCGAGAACUCUCAUUUUGGCCACGGCUUGGGCUGGCGUUGCAUCACGGACCCAGUCGUGAACAGUUAAAGGCGGUCUGUGGAAUGUUCAUGGAAUGAGCUCCAAAAGCUGUUUGCUUCUCCAACUUUGGGUUAUAUGCUUUUAAUUUUAUCCUAGAAUUCGGACACUUCAUAUGAAUGUAAUUCAGCCAAGAACGCUGUCACUAAGGCACACUCCUCGGUGUCCCCUGUGUGUCCAGUGAUGUACAGGCCACACGUGACCCCCUGCAUGAGCUUCCUCCUGCACCAAGACCAGCCAGAACCGAGCAUGAGACCCUGUCACUCAGACAGAGGACUUGAGAUGUUCUCAAUAAAACCAUGUUUCACUAC